AUAGCUACGUGCAUUUUCGUGGGGUACAUAGCUCACUUACGCACCGCGGUGUAUUAUUGUUGUUUUUGUUUUGUUUAUCACUUGUUUCUCGCGCGUGCAGCCGAUCCCGCAGCACGCUGUGGUAGAAGUUCACAAAGCGCGCGUGAAAGGCAGCGUGAUGGUCGUGGCGCAUUGGAUCUUUAAACAGUCGGUGCCAAACGCAGACAAGGAAAGAAUCGAAAGGAGGAGGGCGAUCACGCAUUUACCCCUGCUGACUCUCCAUUUGACAGAAGCCAAUGCAGAGAGGCGCACUCAGAUCACUACAGACAACCUUCUGAGAGAAAACGCCGCAUGAAAUCCCACCUAUUAUGUAGGCUACACAACUCGUUUGUCUUUUUUUCUUUCCUCUGGACAAUUUUACGCACCCCGGAAGACUAAAGAAAACGCCGCAGAGAUGAGUGUUGCGCGGUCUGGUGUGCUUCUGAAGGAUUCCCGCUCCUGAUAUAGGGACCAAAGAGGACAAAACGAGGCUUUUUUUUUCUCCCUAAAGAAGAUCGCAAAUGUGGAGCGAUUAGAAAAGGGCUGAUGAAGGGACUAUUAAUCCUUUCAGUGCAUCAAAAGCACCAAGGGGCAUUAGAAGCGUUUGGAUGGAAAUCGGAACUGUUUUUGGUUUUAUAUGAAACUGGUGAUUAAUUCUUAUGAGGUUUUUUUUCUUCUCUUCAACUUCACAGAUUUAAGGAGGGUUUUUUUCUUUCUUCCUUCCGGUAAGAGGUUUCAUAAAAGUGUGAAUUAGCAAGAAAAAUCCUUCUCAUCUUUGACUUUUUUUUUCUUCAAGUUUUUUCUAAAUCUAAAUGGAAUUAGUUGAGUGUGAAGCCGUUUGUGAAAGAAACAGACAUGGUACAUGGGCACAGCUUCCUUCACGUUGUGGCAAGUCUACUCAUACUCGGGUUGUCUGGGGCAACAAAAAAGGAUACGGCUACAGUGAAAAACAAUUCUGGAGUAAAGCCUGCAGGUCAGUGUGGAGCGUGGGUAAAGGAAGCAGAAGGAGGACUCUUCACCUCCCCCAAUUACCCAAACAAAUACCCCCCCAACACAGAGUGUGUUUAUAUCCUUGAAGCUCCCCCAAGACAGUGCAUUGAUCUACACUUCGAGGACAAUUAUUCCAUUGAGUCCUCUUGGGAAUGUAAAUUUGACAACAUUGAGGUUCGCGAUGGACCGUUUGGCUUCUCCCCGAUACUUGGGCGGUACUGCGGUCAGCACAGCCCACCAGAUAUCAGGAGUAGUGGCCGAUACCUGUGGAUAAAAUUUGUGACGGAUGGAGAACUGGAAGGGGUGGGAUUUUCAGCAAGUUACAACUUCACAGCAGAUCCCGACUUUGCUGAUUUGGGAGUACCCCCACCUCUGCCCUCCUGUCAGUAUGACAUGGUUGGUCCAGAAGGUAUCGUUGAGUCCCAUCAGAUCACCAGAGAUGGGAAAGCUGGUGCCGCUGAGGCUGUCGACUGUAAAUGGUACAUCCGUGCUCCACCCCGUUCCAAGAUCUAUCUACGUUUUCUGGACUAUGAAAUGGCAAACUCCAAUGAAUGCAAGCGCAACUUUGUAGCAGUGUAUGAUGGAGGAAGCUCUGUGGAAGACCUGAAGAGCAAGUUCUGCUCCACAGUGGCCAACGACAUCAUGCUGGUGUCCACACUGGGAGUUAUCCGGAUGUGGGCGGAUGAGCUCAGCCGCAAGAGCCGCUUCCGCAUCCUUUUCACAACCUACCAAGAACCUCCAUGUGAUGCUGAAGCCUUCUUUUGUCACAGUAACAUGUGCAUAAACUACACUCUGGUGUGCAAUGGCAUGCAGAACUGUGUCUACCCCUGGGAUGAGAAUCAAUGCAAAGAAAAAACUAAUACCAAAUUCCUGGACAAUCUGAAUUCCACAAAUGGGGCCAUAAUUGGUGUGACUUGCUGCAUCGUCUUCAUCCUCCUCAUUGUCUCGGUAAUUGUUCAGAUAAAGCAGCCGCGUAAAAAGUACAUCUUGCGACGAGAAGACUUCGACCCCACCAUGUUUCAGGAGGUCUUCGAGCCCCCUCACUAUGAGCUAUGUACUUUACGGAGUGCUGCCACACCCACAGCAGCCUCUGCAGAUUUGGUUGACUUGGCGGAGGACUUCGAGAACUACCAUGCCCUCCGCCAGGCCUCCUCCCGCUGCAUCCAUGACCACCACUGUGGCUCCCCCUCCUGCCCUGGAUCCGCGCACAUAUCGCAGCUAUCGCUGAGUGGGCGAGGGAGCCGGAGUAACUUAAGUGCCCGUGACUCAGGGGCCGCAGCAGCUCUGCUCGCAGACCUUCCACAGCCGCCCAUGUCUGUGCGGCCGCUGCUGCCAGCCACAGGGAACCGCAGGAGCAUCUUAGUCAUGAAGCACAGCUACUCGCAAGAGGCGGCAGACAAUGGGUGCGACCUGGACGAUGACCUGGAAGAAGUUCCCACGACGAGCCACCGACUGUCGCGCCACGAAAAGGCAGUACAGCGGUUCUGCCUCAUUGGCUCUUUGAGCAAACAUGAAUCAGAGUACAACACAACUAGGGUCUAGGAGACAAUCCCAAGGUAAGCACGCUUAUCUAACACUCGACACCUUUUUUGUUGUGUAAUUGACAUCUCCCCCUGUCAGUAUAUACUUUUGUCUAAUUUUUUAUUUUUCCUUUUCUGUGACUUUUGCAUGGGCUUUUUGUUAUUUUUACCAGUUCAGUUUUGUAUGUAUUUUUUUUAAUUUUUACUGUUUAUCAAGAUGGUCUUCCUGUUUGUAGCCAUCUUGCUUUUAAAGUGAGUAUGUUCAUCAUUAAAAAGCCUUUUCUCUAAUAACCACUUUCACAUGUAUUGCCAUGGACUUCUAGAUAUAUAUUUUUUAAUUAAUACCACUUAAUAUGUUAUAACUCGUAUUAUUUCUCCAAGCAGAAGCACAGAUCAUUCCUUGCCAACUUACAUGAGCUUCCUAGUUUGCACUCUCCUCAUUGGUAGAUUGAAGACUUCUGGCAUCAUAGAGAAGACAAACUCUUAUAUUUUUCUCAAAUUAAAAAAACAUUAAUCUUUGUAUUUUUUGUUACUAUCGUUUACAAAUUUUUAGUGUAACCAAAUGCAACUUAAACUUGGAUUAUGAUCAUGAGAAUUAUCUCUGCCAAUGACAAACAGCUUAUUCUAUUAUUGGCUUGUUUGGUUUAAUUUUUUGGAUUGCAAGAAUGACGUUUGACUACCAAGAGUAGCAAUAUAACAAUUUUGUCAUUUAGCAGACACAUUCUGUAGUGAGUUUGGGUUGUUGAAAAACAGUACACAAGCCCAACAGUCUGUCAUCUCCUCUCUGUGCUGCUCACCAGCUUGGUCACACACGACUCUGGGGUGUCAUUCAUUCUUCAAUCACCAUUUGUCACAGGUCAGCCACCGUGCUUGUGCUGGUCAUUGUGUCAUGAACAGCACACCCAAGCUGAUCCCACAAGUAUUCAAUAAGAUAGAGGUCAGGAACAGCAGUUUUCACCAAAUUCUCUCUUUGAUAAACCCUGUUUUGUGGCAACAUUGGAUUGUCACUGGUGGCACUGUCUCACCUCAAAUGGCAUCAGAUUUUAAUGCCAAUACACAUGGUUAUAACACAUAAAAGGUCAUCUGGAUGCAAUGUUUUGGUCAAAAAAAUUAUUAAAUAAGUAAAAAAUUGAAAUAGUGGGUUCUAAGUUAAUCAAAUUAUGUGUUUAUGGAUAAGUAAAAUGAGUGUAAACAUUAAUUUUGAACAAAUUUAGAACAAAUUACAACGUAAUAUUUUAUUUUUAGACAGUCUGAAAAGUUUUCACUGACAUUUCUUCUUCAGAGCUAUCAGUGGUCUGAGAUGGGAAAGUUUAAGUUGGUAAGGAAUGACCCAUGGAAAAAGAAAAACAUUCAUAUAGUCAGUAUAAGAAACCUAAUCUGCUAUGAUCGAAGCACAGGAAUUAAAACCAAACACAGUUCUAGAUUUUUAAGUCAAAGAACAAUUUUACACUUAAUUAAUAAAGCUCACUGAGAUCCCCUAUGCCAUUAGUUACACCUACAUGGGGAUCCUCUUAUAGAAUUGCAUGACAUAUCAGUUCUUUUUAUUAUGCUUGUGUGUAACAUUUUAUGUGCAAAUGCUCCAUCACAUUGCUUGCAUGAAGUUGCAAAAACCCCAAUGUGGCACAAGAAAUUGUAAGCACCCAGUAGUAAUAUACAGAACUGUUGAGUUAUUUUUUAAUCUGACUGAUAGUUUGAUUUAGUCAAAACUGUUUGAUGAAGUAAAACAUGAUUGUGCUCUAAAGGGCCUCAGCUUCAUGUGUGCAUAUAAUGAAGUCGUUCCAAUAAUUACUACUCAUUGUUAUGUUUCUUAUUGUGAGAAAUGUGCUGUCUUAAUGUGUUUGUGUCUGCUUAUGCUGUACUUUAUGUUGCAUUGUCUCCAUCAUGUAGACUUCUUGAGAAUAGUGCUAUCCUGGAACAGUACGAACGGGCGUCACUGACACAUGACAAAGCGGAGCAGAGAUUUACACCAGCAUGAUGCUGAUGAUGAUGAGGGGACACUUUAAUGAAAUGGAUACUGGAGGUGUAUUCAUGGGCAAAGAUUACAAAGGACUAGAUGGAAAUACUCUAGCCACAAUGUUGUGAAGGACGGAUAUCUGAAAAACAGUCAUCUGUGCUGCUGAUGCAGUUUUGUGACUUUUAUAGAAGGAACACAGUUCAAGGACCUCUGUUUGGGCUGCGAAACAUCUGCGUUUCAACAUAAAUUCCUUCUGACCACAAAAGAAGUUUGUUUGAACAUAUCUAAGUUCAUUUUUCAGCAUGUCUUUUUUUCAGUCAAUGGCAUACAUGUUAUGAUUUUCACAACAAAUUAUACAAGCUUGCAAUUGGUCUAUUCUCUUUGAAUUUAGCUCUAUGUAUUACUAAACUAUUUUUUUAUUUUGGGUUUAUGAAAGCUCGGUUUUAUGUUGGAUAACAAUCUAAGGUAGAGGUGUGUGGGUUGUGCAUGCUCUUUUAUUUUCCAUUAGACCAUUAACAUACUAACAUUAAAGUUGAAAAGAGAAACACUUAGUCAUACACCAUAUGAGCUUCAGAUGCUAUUUAAAUAGCAUUCACAAAUGAGUCAAAUACAUUGCAUGGUGUGUGGGUAAAUCACUACACGGCGUUCUUCAAUCAUAUUUUCACAAUCUAAUUUGAGUUUGACGUUGCUGUCUUUUGAUAUGUUGACUAACUUUUUGACUUAAACUUUCACUUUAAAAUGAGCCUUUUUGACAAAUAUUUAAGUCUGACUGACUUCUCUUCUACUGAAGCUCAAUAUCUUUGUAUAAAAACAGACUUUUAUAAUAGGAAAAAAUGAAGUGUUAUACAUUGUUCAACUUAUCUGUCAGGGCUUAUUUUGCUGAUGCUUUUUAAAAUAAAUGCAAUGCUUAUUCUUUUCUUUGAUUCAUUAGAUGUCAAUCAGUUCCUUCAUGUGUCCAUUAAGCGUGUCCUCAGAUUGUUGAACAAACCAUUAAUAUCUCAAAAUCCCAGACUUUUUAUUAAUACCUGUAACAGAUUUAGUUGUGACAUAAUUCUUUAAUAUUGUGUGUUUCUUCUGAUUGAAAGUAAGGUUAACAUUUUGAGGGGGCCCAGCCAGAAUGUGUUACAGAAUCUGGCCAUUUAUGGAGGGAGCUAAAGAUUACAGUGAUAUCAAACACUUGGAUCUCAUCGCCAAAUGUAAACUAUAUAAAUAUUAGUCAAAACUUUAUUCUGUUUCAUAUUAUGUUACCUAUUUGGGUGUAUCUAAACUUAUGCACAACUAAAACGGUAAAGAGGAAAACUUUGUAAAAACAUAAAUUCUCAAAUAAUGCAUCUUUGUUUUGCUUAGUGCCUCCUAGAGAGAUGGAGUGUGUCAAAUUUAUUCUGUCACUGUUCUUGGAAAAUCAUAAUCUUAUCUUCCAUUGAUAUAUGAAUCUUUUCUUUUUCUAUGUUUAUUGGUUAAUUAGAAAAUACUGUAUGUUCAAAUCACUUGUGUGUUAACUACUUCAUAUCAAACUGACAAAAUCGUGAUCAGUGAAGACGAAGAAUUUGGAUAGAUUAGCUUGUAUAAGGUUAAGGUUAUUUAAUUUAAGUGUUAUUUUAUUGCAGUAAUAUUUUUGAAUAGCAUUUGCAUUUAUUCCAAUGCCAAUGACAUUAAAUUGCAAUGUACAUGCAAUUUAAUGAAUGUGCAUUCCAUGGUAUUUUUUUAAAUGCCUAAGAAAAUUAUUUCAGCAUGGCUCUGCUAGGGAUUAAAUUAUAUAUAAUACAGCAUAAGAUGCAUAGAAAAUUGAUGCUUGAUCAUAAUUUAUUUAAAACUAAGUAUCUUUGUAAGCCACUGAACCACAAUGCAGCUACUCAAGUUUCAUAGAAAUAUACAUGUUUACAUAGCAAACAUGAAAAUAGCAUAUUGGGUGAUAUUGACAAUUUCUGCUUCUUGGCUUUUUUAAAACAACAAAUAAGAAUUUAUCUAUUAUUUACCUAAUUUUAAAAAUGAUCUGAAGCCCAGAACAUUUUUGUAAUCAUAGUGUUUAUGUUUUUUUCUGGUAUGUAUACAUUUAUUGCUGAAAUGGGGUGUACUUCCAUUAUCACAUGUCUACAAAAAAGAACAGUAUAGCUAUCCAAAUAGCUGGUAUAGUUUUGUAAGAAAAAAACUAACAGAUAAAAAUGGUUUGUGUUUACAAUCAUGAGGAUUAUCAUAAUGAUUACACAUCCAUUAAUCAUAAUUAUAUCCUGGUCAUCAUUAUAAAAUCAACGUUACACAUUGAGCUUUAACAGUCAGUCGUUGGUGUUUAAUUGAGUCACAGUCCAGUAUGGAAUAAAAAAUAUUAGUCUGUUUAGCUGCAGCAGUUGUUUUUAGAUGGCUCCAUUAAUAAAAUAAAAUGACUUAUUUUAAGGUAAUUCUUUCUAAAAACCAAAAUAUUUUCACUUUUGCCAAAUUUGUGAACACUGUUGACUUAAAACUAUUUUGUAGGACAUAACACGGCUUUGCUCUUAGGCUGAAGUAAUAAAUUUGACUCCGGUCUUUCCAAACCAUGAAUCUUUUUUUUUCUGUUGUUUUCCAUCUAUUCUGUCAUUAAUUUGAAUGGAUUUGUGUGCUUUCAUUUUUUGUCAUUUGGCAUGACUUAAUCUUUCUUAAACAAAGUACUAUGGUUUGCUGCCCCGACAUUCACCUAAAUGGUUUUGGACCACAAAACUCAAUUUCAAGAGGUUUCAGAUAUAAAGAGAAAACUCUACCGUUUGCCCGACAUCAGAGCUGUAAGAUUAAGGCUGCCCUAGCAUGAAUGAUGCAUUAGAGUAACUGUUUUACACUUCAAAUUUCCCAAACCUCACAGUCCCACUCACACACAAGCACACAUGCAAACACACGCCCACAUUUCCCCAACAAGCACCAUUUUGCUAAAAGCAGUCUAAUUUAUUAUAACAGACAUGAGUUAAUGAUUAACUAUACAGAUAAAGAUCUCUCAAAUAUUUUUCUCCCGGUUUAAUGACUUAUUACAUUUUAAGAUUUACAUAAUCAUAUUCCUGUCUAGAUAACUAGACAAGAUUUAACACUUAUUUACUGUUUAGUUUAAACAGUAAAUCAUGUUGCCAUUCGGUGUUAAACUAAACAUUCACACUAAAUGAGCGUUAAACUAAACCCAAUUAGUUUUACACCGAAUGGCAACAUGCAAAUGAGAUUAGAUUUAGCAUACUGUUGUGCAACAGGAAUUGUAUCAAUGUUUUAUGUAAUUAUGUAAACCCUAUUUAUUCACUAUUAAUAAAAUUAUUAGUAGAGUUUAAUUUUGGGGUUUGUUUUUUUUUUUUUUAGGAAAAAGAAAAUCCGGGCACCAUUUCACAGACUCGUUAACCAAACUCGUCAGUCUGACGAGUUGUGAAUUGAACCCCACUGAACAGAUAAUACUUCACACAUUUACCUGAAUACACAACAACUUAUUUUAAAAGCUUCUGAAUUUAGAAACCGAAUUAGAUUCCCCUUACAGUCAAAACAUUCAGCCAACAACUCCCAUAUCGGACUACUAAUUAUGCAAUCUACUGCUCUACAGACAAUGAACAAUCAAGAAUCAAAUCGACUAACUAAUGAACUAUAAUUAAGGGAUGGAAUACUGAAAUAUACUUCAAGACUAAUGAGCUAAUUAAGAAUAUAUGUGAGCAAAACAUGUGAGGGAAAACGAGGAGAAAGAAAAUGGGGAGGUGAAGAUGUCAAGCGUCACGGCAAGGAAACCACUUGCGCAAAAAGCAAUAAAUCUUAAACGUUUGGCCUCGCAUAGCCUUUAGAGCUACACAAAAGGCACAAAACACGUGUGUGUCACUUAGGAGGAUUUUUCCACUGCCAAUUUUGUGAUGAGUUUAUUACGGAAGAGGAUUAGGGCCACUGGAAAAAAAAAAUAAAACAGUUCUGACUUCAAUCUCAGGAUUCUGAGAAAAAUUCUGAGAAUAUAUAUAUAUAUAUAUUAUGUAUAUAUAUAUAUAUUUUAUAUAUUUUAAAUAUGAUAAUUUGUUAUGAUGAGUUGGUCACAUUUUUGGUAGUGAUAAGUGCAAAAACUAAAACAGACAGACAUAACUCUAACAUUCAGUCCACACCAUUUUGUGUAUAUUUUUUUCGUAAAGUUUUGUCUAAAUGUGUGGUUUUCUUUUCACUGUAACCACUAUCAACACUAUUUACUUUUAUUGUUAUUAGUGUGAUGUACUUCAUGCAUGAUUACAUUUGUGCUCUUUUCAUUACAUAAACACAGGGUCAUACACACUCUGACAAGUACCAAUAAAAUACUUUGUUUCUGUUCAUAAA